AUGUUCACUUUUAUUAUUAAAGAUGAAAAUGUAGGAAUUUGUGUGAUACUCGGACCGAAUAACGAAUAUAUUGAAUUAAAGAUUUCUACUAUAAUUGAAAUUUUAAAUAAGCAUAGAGGGAAAAAAUUAAAUACGGGAAUUCCAGAUUCUUUUAAAAAGAAGUAUAAACUUCUUUCGGAAGAACUUGAGCGACAAAGCAAGACUUCUGAACUUGAAAUUCGACCUUUUAACCCUCAUAAAAAAAUGCAACGUAAGAGAAAACAAAAAGAAAACAAUAAAGUUGAAGUUUUGGAGGGCAGUAAGAAUGGUUCUUUUAUUAAAACUUUCAGCGGCCAUCAUCCUAAGAAAAAAUCGAGACAUAACGAAGGUGAAGUCACUUGCUUUGAGCAUAUUGAGGGUAGAACGUAUGAAUAUUCCAGUUCUUUGGUUGAUACUGCUAGUAAGUUAUUAAAUAAACCAACAACCGAUGAAACUGUUAAGUACCCACAGGAAAAUAAUUUUCGUUGUGACAAUCCUCAAGAAGCGGAAAACGGUUCUUUCGUGGAAUUUGAUAAUCUUCAUUUGGAAAAUACUCGUAAUGUUAUAAUGCUCCAAGACUUAAGUUAUUCUGUUGGGUUUCCACAAGUAAAUUUGACGGAUCCAAAUGUUAAUACGCCUGAAAAUGUUGGUUACGAAUAUUUAGAUUUUAGUAGUGUUAAUCACAUGAAUAAUCAAGGUUUAGAAUAUUUCGACUUUGACUCAUUUCCUUGA